AAUUACGAAACAUAGUUAAAUAUAUUCUAACGUAAUAUAAUCGGUAAUUUAUUUGUAAUUUCUACAAUAAAAAUAGUGAAGAUUUGGCUUAAUUUUUCUUCCAUCUUUGUAAGGUAGGCGGGUAUGAAUUUUGUUUCUUUUGUUAAUAAAGGUGGCGUUGUUGAUGCUUCCGAUGUAGGAAAACGUCGCUUCUACAUAACAUGUUGUGGCAGUCGAGUUUAAAGCAUGUGAUCCUGCCUUCAUUGUAGAUAAUACAAAGCUGCGAAAAUGGCGGACGAACAGGAAGUACGGCAGCUGGAGUUGCUAUGCAAGCAGUUGUAUGAAUCACAAGAUUCUACACAUCGUGCAGAGGCUGAGAAAGCACUUGUUGCUUUUCAAAAUACUCCAGAUACGCUUACAAAGUGUCAGCUUUUACUUGAUCGAGGAGAUUCUCCAUAUGCUCAAUUAUUGGCAGCCACCACCUUGACAAAAUUGGCUUCCCGUUCAUCAGGACUUAGUUUACGACAGAGGCUUGACAUACGAAAUUAUAUUCUCAAUUAUUUAGCAACUCAGCCAAAGUUACCAAACUUUGUAAUACAAGCUCUGGUUACAUUGUUUGCCAGGAUAUCAAAGUUUGGGUGGUUUGAUAUUGAUAAAGAAAGAAAUGUGGUCAGUGAUGUAACAAAGUUUCUUCAGGGAUCGGUAGAACACUGUAUGAUAGGAGUCCAAUUACUUUCUCAACUAACGUGUGAAAUGAAUCAAGUGUCGGAUACAGAUGCAACCAGAUCUAUUACAAAACAUAGAAAAAUUGCUAGCCACUUCAGAGAUACACAACUUUUUGAAAUAUUUAGGUUAUCGUAUACUUUAUUAAGUACAGCUCGAGAAAAUUGUAAAAACUUAAAUUUUAAUGAUGAAGCACAGCAUGGUCUGAUCAGACAACUUUUAAAACUAGCACAAAAUUGUUUGACAUUUGACUUUAUUGGGACUUCAACAGAUGAAAGUUCUGAUGAUCUUAGUACAGUACAAAUUCCAACCUGUUGGAGACCUGUAUUUUUGGAUUUUACAUCACUGAAACUUUUCUUUGAUUUAUAUCAUAGUUUACCUAACUCACUGUCAUCUUUGGCUCUUUCAUGUUUGGUCCAAAUAGCAUCUGUUAGAAGGAGUUUGUUUUCAAAUCCAGAAAGGGCACAAUUUUUAACACACUUAGUUAGCGGUAUAAAACACAUACUACAAAACCCACAAGGUCUCAGUGAUCCUGAAAAUUACCAUGAAUUUUGUAGACUAUUAUCAAGGCUAAAGAGCAAUUUUCAGCUUGGAGAGUUGGUCUUAGUCAAAGACUACCCAGAAGCUAUACAAUUAAUUGCAAAAUUUACAAUCCAAAGUUUACAGAUGUGGCAGUUUGCACCAAACAGUUUACAUUAUUUACUAACAUUGUGGCAAAGAAUGGUAUCAUCCAUGCCGUAUGUAAAAGCAGGUGAUCCACACCUGUUAAAUACAUAUACUCCAGAAAUUGUAAAUGCAUAUAUUACUUCAAGACUUGAAUCAGUUGCAAUAGUAGUUAGAGAGGGUUUAGAAGACCCACUUGAUGAUUUAGGAAUAGUUCAUCAGCAAUUGGAGCAAAUAUCUGUAAUUGUAAGAUGUGAAUAUCAAAAGACAUGUACUUUGUUAGUACAACUUUUUGAUCAGGCUGCUAGGACAUACCAAGAAUUAAUGACACAAACAGCAUCUCCAACACAACGAAUGGAUAUCACUAUACAAGAGGGUCAACUCACUUGGCUUGUAUAUAUCAUAGGUGGUGUUAUUGGUGGAAAAGUAACAUUUAACAGCAAUGAAGAGUAUGAUGCAAUGGAUGGUGAAUUAGUUUGCAGAGUACUCCAACUGAUGAAUUUGACUGAUUCAAGACUUGCACAAGGUGGCUGUGAGAAAUUGGAAUUAGCAAUGUUGAGCUUCUUUGAACAAUUUCGUAAAGUAUAUGUAGGUGAUCAAGUUCAAAAAAAUUCUAAAGUAUAUAGAAGACUGUCAGAUGUUUUAGGAGUUAAUGACGAAUCCAUGGUACUUGGUAUUCUUAUCCGGAAAAUAAUAACAAAUUUGAAGUAUUGGGGUCGUAGUAAACAAAUUAUUUCAAAAACAUUACAAUUAUUAAAUGAUUUAUCUGUAGGAUAUAGUUGUGUCCGUAAACUUGUAAAAUUAGAGGAAGUACAAUUUAUGCUCAAUAAUCACACAAGAGAGCAUUUUCCAUUUUUGGGAAACAAUGUUGCUGUAACAGAAAUGCGUUGUAGAUCAAUGUUUUACACAUCCUUGGGUAGAUUAUUGAUGGUAGAUCUAGGAGAAGAUGAGGAAAGGUUUCAUACAUUUAUGUUACCUUUAACAAAUGCAUUUGAAAGUUUAGGACAGUUAAUUGGGCCAGUUGACCCUUCACUUUUUACAGCAGAAGAAGCAAAAAAGGCAUUGAUCGGUUUAGCAAGAGAUUUAAGAGGUUUAGCUUAUGCAUUCAACACAAAAACAUCCUAUAUGAUGCUCUUUGAUUGGAUUUAUCCUAAUUAUACACCGAUUUUAUUACAUGCUGUGGAAUUGUGGCAUUAUGAGCCACAAGUUACUACACCCGUCCUAAAAUUAUUUGCCGAAUUAGUACAAAAUAGGAGUCAACGUUUACAGUUUGAUGCAUCUUCUCCAAAUGGAAUUUUAUUAUUUCGUGAAGCUAGUAAAGUAAUAUGUAGUUAUGGUAAUCGUAUAUUAAACGUUGAAGUUCCAAAGGAUCAAAUAUACCCCUUAAAACUUAAAGGAAUAAGUAUAUGCUUCAGUAUGUUAAAAGCAGCUUUAUGUGGAAGUUACGUAAAUUUUGGUGUAUUCAGAUUAUAUGGUGACGAGGCAUUGGAUAAUGCACUCAACACAUUUGUAAAAUUACUUCUUAGUAUACCACAAAGUGAUUUAUUGGAUUAUCCGAAAUUAUCUACAACAUAUUUUGUGUUACUCGAGUGUUUAGCUCAAGAUCACAUGGUGUUCCUUUCUACUUUGGAACCGAGAGUAUUCUUAUACAUUCUAUCAAGCAUCAGUGAAGGCCUUACAGCACUAGGUGCGCAAAAAGACUACUAUACAGAUACAAUGGUCUGUACUGGUUGUUGCGCAACACUUGAUCAUAUUGUGACUUACAUAUUUAAACAAUUAUAUCAAAAAGGGGGUUACCCGGGCAGGAAAAAUACGGUAGUUCCAGGAGGUGGAGACUUAUUCUUACAAGUUUUAAAGCAACAUCCUGAAAUUCUUCAACAAAUGUUAAGUACUGUUUUAAAUGUGAUAAUGUUUGAAGAUUGUAGAAAUCAGUGGAGUAUGUCACGUCCUCUCUUGGGAUUAAUUCUUUUAAAUGAAGAAUAUUUUAAUCAGUUACGAGAAAAUAUUAUUAGAAGUCAACCAGUUGAUAAACAAACAACAAUGGCACACUGGUUUGAACAUUUAAUGGAAGGAAUCGAAAGAAACUUACUCACAAAAAAUAGAGAUAGGUUUACACAAAAUUUAUCAUUGUUUAGAAGAGAUAUAAAUGAUAUUUUAAAAGGACCUAAUACAACUUCAAAUCCUAUCGGUGAUAUGAUGACCUUAACCUUCAAUUAGAUUCUCCUAGGUUCUUGCCUGCCAAAUGCUUGAAUGUGUGUGCGAGUGAAUUAUAAAUUAUGGUGGAAUUAAAAUUGAUUUUAGCUGAGUAUAAAGAUAAUAAAUUACAUACUGUUAUUUUACAAAAGCAUUAUUGUUUGGCUUCCUAUUCUUUUAUACUUUUAACUUUUGUUUUUUCAAUUUUGUUGAACAUAAUUGUUUCCAAAUUUAAGAUAUUGAAACCUCCUAUAUAAAGUGUAUACAAUUCAUUCUAAAUAUUCAUAAACAGAAAAGACUAAAUCCUUCUUAUUACCUUUAUACUCCAGUUGCUUUGAUUUAAUAUAAUAUUGGAACAUAAAUAUUCGUACACAUAUAUUUUAAGUAUAAAAAUUCAUUGGUAAUAAAUAUAUUAAAUUUCAUAAAUCAACGAUUAUUCGAUAUCAAGCAACUUUGUAUGGAUAAAAAAUUGGAUUUAUUUCAAUUGCCUUUUGCAAACGUUUAUAAUGUUAUCAUUUAUGAUUACAAUAUUUUUAUCUUAUGUUAAUAUUAAAGCAUGUAUUUCAGACAUGAAUGAUUUGUUUUAUACUAUAUUAUAGUAAAAAUUUAAGUUUCAGUAAAAAGAAUUAUCUUUUUCGACAUAUUAUUCAAUAUAUAUAUAUAUAUCCACAUUUUAUUUUAAAUAAACAACAAAUUAUUAUUUUGAUUGCUAAAUAAUAUGUUAAGGAUACAGUGUAGAAUAGGAAGCCAACUUCAUAAACUAUUAUCGUAGUUUUUAUUCCAUUAUUUUUACACGCAACCGACUUUCAUUUAUAUGUUAAAAUGUUUCAUUAUCAACAUUUUUUAUUGUAACACAAAUUAUAAUUUUAAGAUCAUUUUAUAAAAUUGAAAAAAAUUGAUGAGAUAUGAAAAAAAUAUUAAUCUCCAAUUAUUAGUAUUCUUUAACUAAAAGGUUAAAUUGUUUAAGUCAAUAUUGUUGAAUAAAUCAUUCAUAAUGAUAAUGAUAUUAGAAAAAAACAUCAAGCUAAUAAUACAUAAUUUACUUACAAUAAUAAUAAUAAUAUUAUUAUUAUUAUUAUCAUCAUCAUCAUCAUCAUCAUCGGAAUCAUCAUCAUCAUCAUCAUCAUCAUCAUCAUCAUUGUGAAAUUAUAAUUUUCAUUAAUGGUUCACUAAAACAAGAUUGAAAACUGUCAACAUGCAUUUUUAAUAUUCAUUGCAGUUUAUAUAUUUUUAAAUUGAAAU